AUGCCCGAGAAGCACCCUCGACCUCGCCCACUCGCCGCGUCGUCCUCGGCCCUCGUCCACGACUCGACCAUGCUCCAGCGCUCCCACCCGCGCGACAAGAACCUCCACGACGUCCUCGACUUUGCUGAAGGUGGCACCACACACGAACCAGACCGCAUCCCGCUCGUCGCUCCCAACAAGCUCGCACUCGCGUCGGCCACCGCCAGCAACACCACCCCCGACGACGAGCCACCACUCGAGGGCGGACCUCUCUCGACCAGGGACAAGCGCGCACUCGCACUCUUGGUCGCACUCUACCUCCUGCAGGGCAUCCCCGUCGGCCUCGCGUUCGGCUCGAUUCCGUUCCUCCUGCGCGCAAAGCUGUCGUACUCGCAGAUCGGCAUCUUCACCCUGUGCACCUACCCGUACUCGCUCAAGCUCCUGUGGUCGCCCGUCGUCGACUCGAUCUUCAGCCCCAAACUCGGCCGCCGCAAGAGCUGGAUCGUGCCCAUCCAGACCGUCGUCGGCCUCAUGUUCUGGUGGCUCGGCAGCAACGUCCAGGUCAUGAUGGAGGUCGACGAGCCCAACGUCAACGUCUUGACCGCACUCUUUUUCACCCUCGUCUUCUUCGCCGCAACUCAGGAUAUUGCCGUCGACGGUUGGGCCUUGACGCUCCUCUCGAAGGAGAACCUGUCGUACGCCUCGACGGCCCAGACGAUCGGCCUCAACACGGGCUACUUCCUGUCGUUCACCGUCUUCCUCGCGUUCAACUCGGUCGAGUUCAGCAACAAGUACUUCCGCUCGACCGACCUCGACUACCCGCUCGUGUCGCUGUCAGGCUACCUGCACUUCUGGGCCGUCGCCUUCAUCGUCGUCACGGCCUACCUCGCCUUUUUCCAGCCCGAGGACGCGGUCACGGCCGAGGACGAGGACGACAUGGACCUCAAGAAGGUGUACUCGAUCAUGCGCGAGAUCUGCCAGCUCAAGCACGUCCAAAGGUUCAUCCUCGUCCACCUCGUCACCAAGCUCGGCACGGCCGCCUCGGACGCGGCCACGUCGCUCAAGCUGCUCGAAAAGGGCCUCAGGAAGGAGGACCUCGCGCUCGCCGUCCUCAUCGACUUCCCGUUCCAGAUCCUGUUUGGGUACCUCGCCGCCAAGUGGUCCAAGGGCAGUCGGCCCUUGCGCCCCUGGAUGGUGGCCAUGUGGACCCGCCUCGGGUGGGCCGCAGUCAGCAUGGCCCUCAUUCACAAGUUCCCGAGCGGCGAGAUCGGCAACGCCUACUUUGCGCUCGUCGUCCUGUGCACGGUCGGGAGCAGCUUCUCGAGCACGGUCCAGUUUAUUGCCGACCCGCUCAUCGGCGGGACCUACAUGACGCUCCUCAACACGGUGUCGAACCUGGGCGGCACCUGGCCCAAGUUUUUCGUCCUCAAGGGCAUCGACGCCCUCUCGGUCGCCGUCUGCCACGUGCGCUCGUCGUCCCUCGACCCAGACGGUUUCGCCUCGUCCUCGUCCUCGUCGUCGGCAGAGGGCGGCGACAUGGACCUCGUCGUGCGCUCGGCCGAGUGCGUGUCGGACCACGGCAAGGCGGCGUGCGCCCAGCUCGGCGGCGAGUGCGUCACCGAGCGCGACGGGUACUAUGCCGUCAGCGCCGUGUGCAUCGUCGCUGGCGCAGUGCUCCUCUGGACAUUUGUCGGGCCCGUCGCGAGGAAACUGCAGUCUCUCCCUGCGUCGGCGUGGCGGGUCAAAAAGGCGCGCUUGUGA